UUCGGUAUUCAUUCGUUCGCCAAUUUCUUCACUGUUGCUCCUGCAUUAUUAUGAUAUGUUAUUCAUUAUCAACUUCUAUUUUAAAUUUGGAAGAAAGCAAAUCAGAUUCCAUGAACUGAAUUAUCUAAAUAAGUUUCAACGAGGUGUUGCCAAUUCUGAUUUUGUUCUGAAUGGAGUUGUUUACAAGUGCUUCGACCAUUUUUGUUUACACCCUUUAGCAUGUACUGAAUUUGGUGCAUUUUUCUCGUCUUCUUCUUGGAGAGAUUCGAGUUUUGGUCGGAGUUUAAGAACUUACUGCACUGAUAUUUAUGGGAGAAAUAAUGGGUCUGAUGCUGCAAAUGACGAAUUUCAGAAAACUGAUUUGGAGGAUACCGGAGAUUCGAGUUUCUUUGGAAGUCCCAGUGAGGAACAUGGAAAGGAACGGCACUUUAAGUUCGGUGAUGAUAUAGAGGCUGAGGAGUCCAACGACGAAGAAGAGGAAGAUGGGGAUCUUGGUGAUGCUGCGGAUCUUUUGGGGUCUAAUUUGUCUAAUAGAGAUCCUGGACAAGGAAAUGAUUGCAAAAAAGUUGAAAUUGGUGAAGAUGUAUUUAGACAUUCCUUAGUGAGAGAUACUUGUAAACUGAUCCAGCUAAGUUCCUCUUGGAAUCGAAAGUUUGAAGGGGAAUUGAGGUAUUUAGUAAGAAGCCUAAAUCCGCUGCAGGUUUGUGCUGUUUUGCUCUCUCAGGAAGACGAAAGAAAUGCUUUGCGGUUCUUCUACUGGGCAGAUAGAUUGUGGCGGUAUAGACAUGAUUCAUCUGUGUACUUAGUUAUGCUUGAGAUACUCAGUAAGACCAAAUUAUGUCAAGGUGCUAAACGUAUUCUCCGACUUAUGACUCGUAGAAGAAUUCAGCUUUGUCCUGAAGCUUUUGGUUUUGUAAUGGUGUCAUAUAGCCGGGCAGGAAGAUUAAGGGAUGCAAUGAAGGUCUUGACCUUGAUGCAGAAGGCAGGUGUUGAGCCUAAUUUGUCUAUUUGUAACACUGCAAUCCAUAUUUUGGUCAUGGGAAAUGAGUUAAAGAAGGCGUUGAGGUUUGCAGAACGUAUGGUUCUUAUUGGCAUUGCUCCAAAUGUUGUGACUUAUAACUGUUUAAUCAAGGGCUAUUGUAAUGUGCAUCAGGUUGACCAAGCCAUGGAACUAAUUGAUCAAAUGCCAUCUAAGGGAUGUUCUCCUGAUAAAGUUAGUUACUAUACUGUCAUGGGACUCCUCUGUAGAGAUAAGAGGCUGAAUGAAAUUAGGGAAUUGAUUAAGAAAAUGCAGACGGACAGUAAAUUAUUACCAGAUCACGUUACUUACAAUUCUCUAAUCCAGAUGCUUUCAAAGCAUGGCCACGGAGAUGAGGCUCUAGAGAUUCUGCAGGAAGCAGAAAAAUUGCGAUUUAAGGUUGACAAGGUUGAGUAUAGUGCAAUAGUUCAUGCAUACUGCAAGGAAGGAAAGAUUCAGAAGGCAAAAGAGCUUGUUAGUGAAAUGUUCUCCAAGGGCUGUGAUCCAGAUGUUGUAACAUACACCUCUGUCCUUGAUGGGUUUUGUCGCAUAGGGAAACUUGAUCAAGCAAAAAAGAUGAUGCAACAGAUGUACAAGCAUCACUGCAAACCUAAUGCUGUAACAUAUACAACAUUUCUAAAUGGUCUCUGCCGCAAUGGGAAAUCUUUAGAAGCUAGAAAGAUGAUGAAUAUGAGUGAGGAAGAGUGGUGGACACCUAAUGCCAUUACUUAUAGUGUUGUAGUUCAUGGGUUGCGCCGUGAAGGGAAAUUGAACGAAGCUUGUGAUGUAGUCAGGGAGAUGAUUGGAAAAGGUUUCUUUCCAAAUCCAGUUGAAAUUAAUUUAUUGGUACAUUCUCUUUGCAGGGAUGGGAAACCACGUGAAGCUAAUCAGUUACUGAAGGAGUGCAUGAACAAGGGUUGUGCUGUUAAUGUAGUUAAUUUCACCACUGUCAUUCAUGGAUUUUGUCAGAAAGAUGAUUUGGAAGCUGCACUGUCAUUGCUGGAUGAUAUGUACCUUUGUAACAAGCACCCUGAUACUGUGACAUACACAGCAUUAAUUGAUGCAUUGGCCAAGACUGACCGUAUAGAAGAAGCCACUGAACUUACAAUGAAGAUGCUGAGGCAAGGAUUGGUUCCUUCUCCUGUUACAUACAGGUCUGUCAUCCACCAGUAUUGUCGAAAGGGUAGGGUAGAAGAUUUGUUGAAAUUACUGAAGAAGAUGCUGUUGAAAAGCAGAUUUCAAACAGCAUAUAAUUUAGUUAUUGAGAAACUAUGUAAGUUUGGAUACCUCGAGGAGGCCAAUAGCCUUUUAGGUGAGGUUUUGCGGACGGCUUCAAGAACCGAUGCUAAAACUUGUCAUGUACUCAUGGAGAGUUAUUUAAAUGUUGGAAUUCCUAUGUCAGCAUAUAAAGUUGCUUGUAGAAUGUUCAAUAGAAAUCUAAUUCCUGAUUUAAAGUUAUGUGAGAAGGUCAGCAAGAGGCUUGUGGUAGAAGGAAAAUUGGAGGAGGCCGACAGGCUUGUCUUACGGUUUGUUGAGCGUGGUCAUGUGUCGGCUCAAGAACCAAAACACUUGCACAACUAAGAUUUCUAAUAAAUUAUCAUGGUUGACUUCAUAUGAAAACAAUCAUUCUAUGCUGUGGGUUGGAUAAA